UCCAUUUAUUGGACGCAAACCGAGAGAGAGAGAGACGGAGAGAGAUGGGAGAGAGUGAGAGUUCGAUCACGGACGAUCCUUACGCCGUCCUCCAGAUCGUUUUAAAUCCAGACGGUUCACUCACCCGGCCCACCAUCUUCCCUUUAUCUCAUCCACGAGCUGAAGCCGAACAACCCCACCACGUUUUCUCCAAAGACGUACCUCUCAAUCCUUCCAAGAAGACGUGGAUUCGGAUAUUUCGACCCCAUUUUUCGACACCAACGACCCCUCUUCCCAUCAUCAUCGACUUCCACGGUGGCGGUUUCAUCCUCCACAGCGCUGCAUCUGCCCCCUUACAUGCUUUAUUGGAGCGCGCGGCUCGUCACGUGCCCGCAAUCUUCGUCGCGGUCGAGUACCGUCUCGCGCCCGAGUACCGUCUCCCCGCCGCUUACGAUGAUGCGAUCGAUGCCGUCCGUUGGGUCCGAGACCAGGCCAUCUCCGAUCUCCACCGCGACACGUGGAUGACACCCGAUCUCGCCGAUUUCUCCCGUUGUUUCCUCAUGGGCAGCAGCGCCGGCGGUAACAUCGCCUACCACGCGGCCCUGCGGGCGUUGGAUCUGGACCCUCCAUUCAAGAUCGCUGGACUGAUCCUGAACGAGCCCUACUUCGGUGGGGAGCAGAGGACGGAAUCUGAGUUGAAGAUGGCCCAGGAUCGAAUCCUGCCCCUCAAUGUCAACGACCUGAUGUGGCAAUUAGCAUUGCCCGGUGGGGCCCACAGGGACCACGAGUUCUGCAACCCGAUUACGCCCGGGUCCCACCACGAUCGGGUCGGGUCGCUACCGCCGUGCUUGGUGAGGGGGUACGGCGGGGACCCGCUCGUGGACCGCCAGCGCUCGCUCGUGAGGAUGCUUGAAGGGCGUGGGGUCCACGUGCUGAGCCGGUUCCGUGAGGAAGGGUAUCAUGCCGUUGAGUUCUUUGAUCCGCAGGAGACCCCGGCCUUCUUGACGGACGUCCACGAUUUCAUCUCGUCAGUCAACAGUGGGCGAUGAGUCUCCCUACAUGGACUGCGUACUGAGUAAUCUCUGUUGGCCCACUGUGAAUGUAAUAGUCGCCCGAAAAUCAGGACGGUCUGCUUUUCAAGCGGGCCAUUCCUGUGUAAGAACAAGCAACAAUCUAGGAAGAUAUCUACUGGCCGAUAUUCAUUAUAAAGUAUGUUACCUGCAACGAGUGGAUCAGCUGAGGCAUGUGUGGGAGCUUGUAUUUGGAGUGUUAUAAGGUUCGAAUUACAAUUAUUGUGGAUUGGAAUUUAGAGCUGACUUGUAACUGAAAUGCACUUGGAAUUCAAUAACCUAAUUUGGAUUUCUAUAA